GGGCUGUCUGUCUCUUAAGUCGUAACUAGUAGUUAGUUGCUAGAGUACCGUUGUCCAUGGUUUCUGUUUCUGCUUCUGCUUCUGCUUCUGCUUCUGCUUCUCUCCUUUCCUACACACACACCUUCAAUCGUUCUCCUUUCCUUCACCCCUCCCUUGUUCUCUUCGUUACCCAGGCCAGGUCUUCACUGAUCCCCCGGAAUCCUUUUCCCCCUCAACAUGAGUUACUCCGACUGCUACCACUGCUACCACUGCUAAAGCGGUUCGUUACACGGGCAGACUGCGCAAAAGGCCCCCAUUCGGGCGGUGCAGCAUUGCUCGCUCGUAUUGCCCGAAAACGCUGACGAAGAGAUGAACGCUUAGUCGAUGCCCUGGGAUCGCAUUCAUUCCCUUCUUCUUUCUUUUGGACUUUCCUUGCCCGAGCCACUCCCUCUGGACCCCCC